CAUUCCGCUGUGUUCUCUCUCUCAUCAGACACGCCUUCACCGAGCAGCCGACGAAGCUUCCCUCCAUCCUUCUGGGACAGUAACUACUCGUCACCUCAAAGCCGUGCGCACUGCGAGACGGCGGCUCCUUCCUAUUCCAUGGACCCCUACGCCUCGGGGCUACACCCGGGUCUGCCGCACCCGCACGCGCACCCGCACGCUCACCCACACUCCCAUCCUCACCCUCACCCGGCGGAGAGUUGGGGCUACACACAGGCUCAGGCCUACGGGCCCCCGAGGCCCCUCCAUGAACUGUACUCACCCUCCACUUUGGAGCCCCACUACGGGCCCCUGCUCAUGCCCGCUGUUCGGCCGGCCCACCUGCCCACCUUGCCGAGCCACUACGAAGUCAGCAAGCUGGAGCCCACGGCCUCCUGGCCCGGUCUGCUACCUCCGGGGGACGUCGGUCAGACAUUGGCCCUCAACAUGGACGCAGGUAAAUGACGGAUUUUCUCUCUGAAAAUGUAGCCCAGGGAUGAGUAACUUCAAUGCU